UUAGGGCCGGUCUUUUCUUCUCAAUUGUGGAAGUACCAUGUUUUUCUUAGUUUUAGAGGAGAAGAUACUCGUAAGACGUUUGUGGAUCAUCUGUACACAACUCUUGUACAACAAGGGAUCUUUACUUACAAAGACGAUGAAACACUUCCCCAGGGCGAAUCAAUUGGUCCAUCUCUUGUGACGGCUAUCGAAGAAUCACAGAUAGCCAUCAUCAUAUUUUCUAAAAACUAUGCAGAUUCUUCAUGGUGCUUAGAUGAACUUGUGCAUAUCAUGAAAUGCAAGGACACAAGAGACCAAAUCGUUAUGCCCAUAUUUUAUGAUGUGGAUCCCUCUGAAGUGCGAAAACAAAAGGGGAAAUAUGGAGAAGCAUUUGCUAAACAUGAGUUGGAGAAGAACACCAAGGUUGAAUCUUGGAGAAAAGCACUUGUGGAUGCAAGUAACCUUUCUGGAUGGGAACCCAAGCACAUUGCCAACGGGCAUGAGUCAAAGUGCAUUGAAACAGUUGUUUACACAAUUUCACAUAGGUUACGUCCGAUAAGUACUUCAAGUGUGGAUGACAAGCUGGUCGGAGUAGAGGCUCGUAUGCAAGAUUUGAUAUCAAAUUUACAAAUUGGGUUUGGUGGUAAGAGAAUGAUUGGAAUAUGGGGGGUUGGGGGUGGUGGUAAGACUACUCUUGCCUCAUGUAUAUAUGAUAAAAUAUCUAGCAAGUUUGAUGGUUGCUGCUUUCUAAAAAAUAUUCAGGAGGAAUCGAGUAAUAAGAAUGGUUUAACAAAGCUGCAAGCAGAAAUUCUUUGUGAUGUUUUGAAACUAAAGCAGUUGAAGUUAAAGAGAGUCGAAGAAGGAAGACACAUGAUAAAGGAUAGGUUACAACAUAGAAAGGUGUUGAUUGUUCUUGAUGAUGUCGACAACCUUGAGCACCUAGAAGAGUUAGCUGGAUCACGUGAUUGGUUUGGUGAAGGAAGCCGAGUACUAAUCACAACUAGAGAUGAGCAUGUAUUAACUGGACACAAAGUAGAUGUGAUACACAAUAUUAGUUUAUUAAACAAUGAUGAGUCUAUGAAGCUCUUUUGCAAGCAUGCACCCUUGGGUCACAAAACUAUAGAAGAUUAUGAGCAGCUUUCAAAAGAUGUGGUUUCAUAUGCUGCUGGGCUCCCAUUAGCACUUAGAGUUCUGGGUCGGUUUCUAUGUGAGAAAGAGACGAAUGAGUGGAGGAGUGCCUUGGCUAGAUUGAAAGAAAUACCAGAUGCUAGUAUUCUCGAAGUGCUAAAAAUCAGCUUUGAUGGACUUAAACCGAUUGAGAAAGAGUUGUUCCUUGAUAUUGCAUGUUUCUUCAGAAGGGGGUUUAAAAUUGAACGUGCAAUAUUGAUACUUGAUGCUUGUGGCUUUCACCCUGUUAUAGGCAUAAAGGUGUUGGUACAAAAGGCUCUCAUAACUAUUUCUGAGGAUGGAACAUUUGAUAUGCAUGAUUUGGUACAAGAGUUGGCACACUAUAUUGUUAGAGGGGAAUACCCUAAGAACCCUGAAAAACAUAGUAGGAUUUGGAACGCAGAAGAUGUUCUGACACUAUGUGCAAUGGAUGCAACGAUGGAACUUGACAAGAUUGAAGCUAUAUGCGGUCACCAUUUUAGGAGUGAUGAUGGAUGUGUUCUUCGGGUCGCUGCAAACAUGAAAAAACUUCGGUGGAUAAGUUUGAACUUUGAACGGCUAGAAGAUGGUUUGGUUGAGACCACACAUCCAUUAAUGCCAGAAAAUUUUCCACCAAGGGAGCUUUGUUGUCUAACAUUGUGUGGCUUUCAUGGAAAAGAACUUUGGGAGGGUUAUAAGUAUCUCCCAAAUUUGAGGAUGAUCGAACUUCAUGAAUUGAAGACCCUAAUAAAGACACCAGAUUUUGGCGGGCUUCCGAACCUUGAAAGAUUCAUGGUUUAUUUAUGUUUUCAUUUAGAAGAGAUUCAUCCAUCAUUUGGACAUUUGGAAAAGCUUGCUUUUGUAGAGAUAGACUAUAGUCGCAAUCUUAAGAUGCCUCCAGACAUUUCCCGAUCAAAGGAACUCGAGACUCUUACACUCUCAGGGUUUUCUAGUGGAUGCUUAAGAAAGCUGGAUCUCUCACAGUGUAAUUUGGGAGAUGGAGACAUCAGAUCUGCUGUUGGUUGGGAGUUACCCAACUUGCAACAACUCAGUCUAGAAGGAAAUGGAUUUGUAAGGUUGAGUUUUAGGUUCUUUAGACUUCCUCGGCUCAAAUGUCUCAAUGUGUCAUACAGCUAUGACCUCGUAGAAUUGUCAGAGCUCCCAUCAAGUGUAGCUGUUGUCUUAGCGGAUGAUUGUACAUCACUUGAGACCCUUGGAGAUAUUUCAAACUGUAAAUGGUUGUGGAAAGUCUCACUUCUUUGGGGGGAAAAACUUGCUGGAGACAUAAUACUCGACUCCAUGCUCCGGGGGAACGCCAAAGAUUACUUUAUCAGUAUCAACCUUUCAAACAUGGACAUUUGGAGUGGGCCAUCUGCACUUUGGGUCGACUUGGUGAAGAAUUAUAAUAUGUCGCUUCCACAUGAUUGGUACAAUCACUUUUCUGGGAUUUUGAUGUUCUUCCAAAGCAACAAGAACUUUUAUAGUGACCCUAACAUAGCCAUCAAGGUGGGUGUACAUGAAAAUUUUCAAUGUGAGCUUGGUCAGAAAUCUAAUGAAACACUCAAGACUCAUAACCCUGACACAUACGUAGGAUAUGUUUCGUUUAGUUCAUUGAGGCACACUGGAUGCUUGAAUUCAAUUUACAAAAUCAUUUCAUUUUCCUUAGACCCGGAGGGUUUGUAUGGAGAUGGGUAUAUGUUUAGAGCUGUACUCGUUCCUAAAGAUGAUACAGUGCAAACAACAAAAGUCACAACAGAUUCCUCAGAAUUUUGGGAUGAGGAGGAACUAUAUGAAAGAAAGACAUUUACGAUCCAGCAUGAUUCAAAUUCCUCUGUCGAGUUUUUAUGGCAUCCUUUUAGUCAUUUUUUUUAUAAAUGAUCUGACUAUGUUACCAAUUUCAGUUAAUGAAUUUGUUGCUGUCAACCAAAGUCUACGCUGAGAAGUUUAUUCAAGAGUCACUUUAAUUAGUCUCAGUUUCAUAGUGGUUUGAUAAUUGAUCAUUGCUGUUUUUAAUUCUUUUUCUUUUGUUAAAAAGAAUUGCAUAUGAAAUUGAUAAUUCUAUUGUAAAAUUUUGUCUUUCUCAUAUGAUAUUUGUGAUUUGAGUACA